UCAUUCAGGGGGAAGUGGACUUGGAGGAAAAGUUUCCCAAGAUUUACUGCAUGUGCUCUCUCUCUACUGCUCAGCGUCUGUCAACUGGAUACAUCAUUACUUGUCCAAAUAGUAACUGUCCUUCUUCUCUCAUGUUAGAAUGUCUGCAGGAAGUCCCUCACAAGAGCUGCCUGCCAGCUGCCCUUUCUCAGAUCCCACAUGCACUCCUGACCAGGUAGAGCAGAGAACAGCCACUCAGCUGGUCGUGCUGAGCUCAUACACUGUAUGUCUGACCACACUACACAGACCUGGGUUCAUCCUUAAACCAGUUCCAGUCACAGUGGUGCCUGACACUAACCCCUGAGGGAUGAAGGACCCAUUUAGAGACUGAUCCCCUGUCAGGCAUUAGGAAAGAACUUCCAGGAGCCCACCCACUGGGUAAGUACAGCUUUCAUGAUUCUGUACAGAAAGAGUUCUGUCCCUUGUAGGAUGGCUGUUCCAUGAGGUCAAGACGGGAUCUCCUCCCUUCUCCCGCUUCACCAAUGCCUGGACUCAGAGGGUUAGUUUUGAGCCCUUCACUAUGGCAUCAUCGACCUCCCUCCCAGCUCCUCGCUCCCAGUCCAAGAAGCCACUGGGCAAGAUGACUGACUGGUUCAGGCAGGCCCUGUUGAAGAAGCCCAAGAAGAAGUCUGUCUCUCCUGAAAGCCCUUCCAGUGAUGUUUCACAGCCAGUCUCACAAGACAGCCCCCCACCCCUGGGCCUCAGUUCAGUCAUGUCUCCCACCCCGCCACCAACAGCACCAGCAGCAGUGGCCAGAAGCAGCAGCCGCUGGAGCAAGGACUACGACGUCUGUGUGUGCUACAGCGAGGAGGACCUGGUGGCCGCCCAGGAGCUAGUCUCCUACCUGGAGGGCAGCUCUGCCAGCCUGCGCUGCUUCCUGCAGCUUCGGGAUGCAGCCCCCGGUGGUGCCAUCGUGUCUGAGCUGUGCCAGGCACUGACUGGUAGUCACUGCCGCGUGCUGCUCAUCACCCCAGGCUUCCUUCAGGACCCUUGGUGCAAGUACCAGAUGCUGCAGGCCCUGACUGAAGCCCCGGGGGCGGAGGGCCGCAUCAUCCCCCUGCUGUCAGGCCUGACCAGAGCCGCCUACCCCCCAGAGCUCCGAUUCAUGUACUACGUGGAUGGCAGGGGUCCCGAUGGUGGCUUUCGCCAAGUCAAGGAAGCUAUCAUGCGUUAUUUGCAGACACUCAGCUGACACUUCUUAUAUCACCGUGGGACCCAGAAAGUUGGAAGAAAACUGGAAAUGAAGAGCCCAUGCAGGGCCCUGGAUUCCAGCAGAUGUGACAAGAGGCAUCAGGAGCCAGUGUCUGUGGCACUUUGUAUGUGACCUGGGAUCAGUUUACCCAUUAGGCUCCCAUUACUGUGGGCUCCUCAGGAAGGCCAUGGGGAGGGCUGGGACUCCCCCAGGAAGGCCAUGAGGAAGCUGGGGACUCCCCCAACGAAGGCCAUGAGGAAGCUGGGGACUCCCCAGGAAGGCCAUGAAGAAACCAGAAAUUGGAGGUGGUGCUGAUUCCAGAGGGUCACUAGUGCUGUGCCUCCUGCCUAGUGGGGCAGAAGUCUGCACACACCUAUGUCUUCUUCCCCUGGAAUCGGGCACUGGUGUAGACAGGCGUCCCUCCCAAAGAGGGAACUCACCCAAUUGAUGAGCUAGAAGCCUAAACUGGAAGCCUCAGGGAAGGUUCUCCCAGUUGCCUGGGAGGUCAGGCAGAAAGCAGCAAGGACCAAACCCUUCAGACUCACACUACUGCUGCUUUUCCCAGAGAUGGCAGGUCACUUCAGGAAGGUGUACGAAAGACACAUCCAGCACUGCACUGUUUUAUUUAUUGCAUGAGUGUUGUUAAAGACACAAACCUAGAAGCCAUUCUGAAUGUACAGGACAGGGGAAGGGGCAGGUGGGGUGAAGAGAAGAAAAGUUAGGGCUCAUUCCCUUCACCUGGGAUCAAAAGCCCACCUAUGCAGUGACAUCUGGAGGCCUCACAUGGGUCUGGCUAGAGCUGAUGCUUUUGCAGUAGCUGUCUUCUCCUUCGGACUGAAACGAAUUGACAUUGACUGUGUUCCUUGUGGGACAGGGAAGGUUUCAUUCACCUGUUCUCAAUAAGUCUGUUGUUGAGCUGAAAUGAAUUUCAUUAUCUCUCCCAAUGUAUACUUUUGGGCCUCUUCUCUCACUUCCCCCUAUCAUGUCCCCUCUUUUUUUAUCCUGCCCCUCCACCCCCAGGUCCCCUCUUUUAGUGAAAAACUUAUUUUUUUAAUUAUGUCAUUUUAUUACAUACAAAAGGACUAAAGAAUAGUAUAACGUACACUCACGUACCUACCACCCAGCUGAAGUAUAACCUUAUCUCCACGAUGCUCCCUUUGCGCCCUUAAUUAUAUUCCCCUCACUUCUCUAGCCAGAAAUAACCACUAUUCUGAACUUUGAAAUUUAUCAUCCUCAGCCUUUUUCUACAAAUUUACUAUGUAUGUAUGCAUCCCUACCAAUAUAUUGUAUAGUUUCAUGGUGUUAUACUUUAUAUAAAUGGCAUUAUAGUUUGUAUUCUGCAGAUUCCUUUCUUUGUUCACCAUGUGUGUAAGAUUUAUUCAUGUUGAUGUAUGUCAUUCCAGUUAAUUCACUUUCAUUCCAUUAUGUACCAUUAUAUACAAUUAUAUAUUAUAUAAUAUAUAAUGGUUUAUAUACCAUUAUAUAUUAUUCCAUUAUAUACUUCCCUUCCAUUAUAUACUUCCAUUAUAUACACUAUUAAGUCACACAUUUUUCUACAAAUGGAUGUUUAGUUGUUUCUAGUUUUUUGCUAUUAAAAACAAUGAGCCUAUGAAUGUUUUGUACUUUUCCACAAGCCAGAUUUUCUAAGAUUUAACCUAGAUGGGUAACAGCCGAAUAGUAAAGAACAUACAUCUUGUUUUACUAGAAGAUACCAAAAUUUCUUCCAAAUUGGUUGUGCCAAUUUACAUUCCUGUCAUCUGUGUAUGAGUUCCCACUUUUUUUU